AUGACGCCCAACGUGGAUGCAUUGUUGACCCAGUUGACGCUGGAAGAAAAGGUUUCGCUACUUGCUGCUCGAGAUUGGUGGAGAACACCCGUGAUUCAGCGCGAAGAGGUCUUUGUUCCGCAUAUCAAGGCAACAGACGGGCCUAAUGGCGCACGCGGUGAAAGCUAUGUGAGCGGUAUCAAAGCAGCGUGUUUUCCUUGUGGUACCAGUCUUGGAGCUAGUUUUGAUCGGGACAUUGUAUUCCGCACUGGGCGAGAAAUCGCGAAGGAGGCGAAGCUGAAGGCCGCGAAUGUGCUCUUAGCUCCAACAUUGAAUGUCAUUCGAUCACCAAGAGGAGGUCGGAACUAUGAAACAUUUUCAGAGGACCCAGUGGUACUUGGGAAUCUUGCUGCGGCAUUUGUAAAUGGGUGUCAAUCUGAGGGCAUUGCUGCUACCCCCAAGCAUUUUGUGGCAAACGACACAGAGAACAACCGGAAAUUUCUCACGGCCGAAGUCGACGAGCAGACACUGCGAGAGAUUUAUCUUCUGCCAUUUCAACUUGUGUUAAAGCUAUCCAACCCUUGGUGCUUUAUGACAAGCUAUAAUCGCCUUAACGGGACCUACGUCGCCGAUGAUGCUAGGUUGGUGAACGGUGUUCUCCGCGGAGAAUGGGGCUUCAAAGGGCUUGUGGUAUCAGACUGGAUGGGAGUUUACUCUACUGCAAUCUGUCUUAAAGCAGGUGUUGACUUGGAGAUGCCGGGUCCAACCAAGUUCCGCGGUGACAAACUUUUACUGGCUAUUCGGCAAGGCCAGGUAUCCGAGGCUACCAUUGAUGACUCUGCUCGCCGGGUUCUAGAGCUCGCUCGCGCACUGGGCCGUUUUGAAAACCACCAGGAGCCCGAGGAACGUUCUGAGAGAAAUGAGGAUAGGGAGCGAUUUAUCUGUCAUGGAGGAGCCCAGGGAAUGGUGUUAUUGAAAAACGACCGUGAUGUGCUUCCCGUUGCUAAAGGUGCCUCUGUGGCCUUAAUAGGGUAUCAUGCUCAGCAUCCUUCCCUGGGUGGUGGAGGCAGUGCCCGAGUUGAUUCUAUACGGGCUGUAAGCCCGCUUGAAGGACUUCAGGCGACUCAUCUCAAAGUAAGCUUCUGCCUUGGAGUUCCUGUCUAUGGCGCACUGCCCCACGCAGAUCCAUCUUUAACCUACCAAUGGGCCACAAGAACGCAAACAGAGGAGCCCGUUCUUCUGGAGUGGUUUAACGGUUCGACAAUUGGUCAAAACAAGAUCCACGAGGAAACCAAAGCAUUGCCAGAAUACAUGAUCAAGGAAAAAUGGCCUGACCUUCUUGACGAAAUAUAUUGCAGUCGGAUGACUUAUGGUAUUCGUCCGCUUUCGACAGGAGAUCAUUUCUUCUCUGUCAUCUUGACCGGUCCGGCAAUUUGCUAUGUGGAUAAUCAAAAGGUUUUUGAAAGAAUACAGGAAACAGAACUAAGCCCUGAAUCAUUUUACUUCUUCAAAUCGAAGAUUGAACGCCAAUUCGCCAAGCGCAUGGAGGCUGGCCGGCUUUAUAAAGUCGUCCUUGAAUCUUGGAAUACCGACCAAGAGCUUCUCCAUGGCGAGCUGCUGAAUGGUCGGAUGUUUCAGGGGUCUUCAUUGCGCUUUCAAGAAUUUGUGGACGUAUCUCAACGCAUUCAAGACUCUUGCGCUCUAGCGCAAAGCUCGGAUUAUGCUAUUGUAUGCGUCGGAACGACAAACGAGGUUGAGUCCGAAGGAUUUGAUCGUGACACGAUGGAUCUCACAGAGCUAGAGUAUCAGCAGAUCGAGGCUGUAUCUCGUGCUAAUACGAACACUAUUGUUGUCAAUUUUUCUGGCGGCCCUGUCAAUAUGGCAAGAUUCCUUGAUCAGGUGCCUGCUGUAAUACAGGCAUGGUUCCCAGGUCAAGAAUGUGGACAUUCGCUCGCUAAAGUGGUUACUGGAGAAAUUAAUCCUGGGGGACGACUUCCAUUCACUUGGCCAUGCAAAGAUGAAGACAAUCCGACGUUCAAAAAUUUUCCCUGUGAUGCAAACAACAUUGUUAGGUACGAGGAAAAGUUAGGUGUAGGCUACAGGUACUACGAUUCUGGCGAGGCUGCGGAACCCUUAUUUCCAUUCGGAUUCGGCCUCUCCUAUACCCGAUUCGAAGUUGCAUGCAUUCAAACCACAAACUCCGAAUUAGACGGAGUCGAUGGAACAGUGGAGAUUUCCUGUCAUGUAAGCAACACCGGUGCGUGUCAAGGUUCUACUGUUAUUCAAUGCUAUAUCCAAAUGCCCGAGUCGAGUGUGGGAAACAAGCGACCAGUGAAGGAAUUGAAGGGUUUCCAGAAAGUUUACAUUGGCCCGGGUGUAUCCAGAAAACAUAUGUGA